CACUGAGCGACGCGCCGCCGCGGCUUCCGGCCAGCUCAGCUCGUCAGUGUUGUCAGUAGGAGUGAUCUCAGCCUACAGCCUCGGCCGGCUCGGUUCGGAUUGCUGCCGCUCGCGCGAAACCAGCUUAGUCGAAGAUGGUUCUGCUGACGAUGAUUGCCCGAGUGGCUGACGGCCUUCCGCUGGCCGCGUCCAUGCAAGAAGACGAGCAGGGAAGUGAAAAGUCAGGCCGUGACCUCCAGCAGUACCAAAGCCAGGCCAAGCAGCUGUUCCGCAAACUCAAUGAACAGAGCCCCACUCGAUGCACACUGGAGGCUGGGUCCAUGGCCUUCCACUAUGUGAUUGAGAAGGGCGUGUGUUACCUGGUGCUGUGUGAGGCUGGGUUCCCCAAGAAGCUGGCGUUCGCCUAUCUGGAGGACCUGCAGGCUGAGUUUGAUGAGCAGCAUGGCAAGAAGGUGCCCACCGUGUCCCGGCCGUACUUCUUCAUCGAAUUCGACACAUAUAUCCAGAAGACGAAGAAGUCGUACAUUGACAGCCGUGCACGCAGGAACCUGGGCAACAUCAACACGGAGCUACAGGAUGUGCAGAGGAUCAUGGUGGCCAAUAUUGAGGAGGUGCUGCAGAGGGGCGAGGCUCUCUCAGCCCUGGACUCCAAGGCCAGCAACCUCUCCAGCCUGUCCAAGAAGUACCGCAGCGACGCCAAGUACCUGAACACGCGCUCCACCUACGCCAAGCUGGCCGCCGGCGCCGUCUUCUUCAUCAUGCUGAUCGUCUACGUGCGCUUCUGGUGGCUGUGAGCCCGCAGGAGGAGGGCGCUGCACUCACCACCGCAGAACACAUCGCAAGCGGCAGACCCCCCCCGUUCACAAGAGACUUUAACGCGCUCUCCAUGUAGAAAUCUGUAUGUAAUUAUUAUUGCGGUUCCUGUUUGAUUUUUAUUAACCGUCAAACAUCCGUUCCUCUGUCUGGUUGUGUGUCGAGUGUGUCUUGGUUGGGCGUAUGUGUCUGGGGGGGGGGAGGGGGUUCCUAAUGCCCGUGCUGACCUGCGCCUCAUGUCCCAGAUGCCCAUGCUGUACAGCGUUCAUGCAGUAGCUCACCGACGGUCAUGGAGCAGAACACCUUUAAUCCACAGAACCGGAAGCAGUGCACCCCAUCUCCGGGUUACUGUCGGGCUGUCCUGCGUUUCUCUGUACCUAAUCCCCCCAUCACAUGAGGAUUGGAGGAUGGGGUUGUUCUCAAUCUGUCUUAAUUCUUUUCCCGCUGCCUGUUCCUCCUGCAGAUGACCAUAAGCAGCACAGAUGAUGGGCACUCAGCGUGAGGCUGGGAUGUUCACCUUUAGCAGGAGGCCAUUAUGGAGGAAGAGUCUGUCCUUGUUUCCCUUCACACAGGGUCUGCAGUCUGACAGCAGUAGCUUCACCCUUCUCUCUGGUCUUUUUUACAUUUAAUCUGGUUUUUGAACCAGGAAAAGAACCUGCUUCAUAGAAAAUACAACUUGGCUGUGUGACUUUAUAGGUCUAUUCAGCUGCCCAGGCAGACUGGGAUAAAUCCGUCCUUCUUCAGUGUCUGGGUAGGGGAAAUACAAUUAUAUAAGAAUUACCUAGUAGACCACGCAGGUACCGUAAUUCUCACAAGGCUGGGAAUUUACGUGGUAUUCAUGAACUAUAUAAGGUCAUAAUCUGUUGCCAGUUGAAUCGCAGCAUGCACCAACCUUAUUUUUUGAAAAAAGCAUUUUGAAAAGACAUGAAAUUGCUAACAAAAUCAUAAACUGGAAUUAAUAAUGAUUGAUAACAAGUGUUGCUUGCGAGAACUGCAGCCUAUGAAUGAAGUCUCCUGCAAUGCCAGGCUGAAUCGGUCUCCCUCACCAGGGCCAGACCUACACUGUGUUGAGGGGGAAUAAAGAGAUUUUCACCUGC